AUUGGGAAAACUACCCAUUCUAAAGAAGUAGGGAAAAUCAGCUGGGGCCUACCUGAGUCAUGGAACACGUAACAUUGAAAAACAAGAGGACAACACUUGAGAGAGCAGACAAAUUUAUAUCUCCUAUCUAUUUCAAAGAUGUCAACCUUAGAGGAAGGUUAUAUAAAGAACAUCAUCCAGUUAAGUCCAUAACCCACUUUGCAGCAUCAGGCAGAAUUCCUUUUUCACAAGCAAUCAAAGGAAAAUUCACCAAAGCAGAGGUUGGACAGUCAUUUGGACCAAUAUGGUCCACCCACUGGUUUUGUCUGGAGAUUGAGAUUCCAACAGGAUGGAAGAAAGAGGAGAUUCAUCUUCUGUGGAACUCCAACUCAGAGGCCAUGGUGUGGCAGGAUGGAAACCCAAUACAGGGUUUGAGUGGAGACUAUGAUAGGACCUCAUUCCCUCUGUCUAAAGCCAUGGGGAAGGACAAGAAAAGGUGCUCCCUGUACAUAGAAAUGGCCUGUAAUGGUAUCCUGGGUGUGGGCGGGGACACUAUGAUUGGUCCCCCCGACAUGGACAGAUCCUUCACCCUGAGUCAGGCGGAGAUAGCCGUGUUUGAUCGGGAGGUGUAUGACCUAAUUUUGGAUGUGGAAACACUUCAUGACAUGGCAAAGCACAUGACAGAAGAAACAGAAAGAGGAUACCAAGCAUUAUACACAGUGAACCAUCUGAUUAACUCCCUUGAUCUGAAUGACAGAUCCACAUACACCAAAGCUCAUCAGAUUGCAGAGAAGUUUUUUCAACAAAGAAAUGGAGAGAGUCAGCAUGUGAUGUAUGCUAUGGGACAUGCCCACAUGGACUCAGCCUGGUUGUGGCCAUAUGCUGAAACUAUCAGGAAGUGUGCCAGGAGUUGGUCCUGUACCAUCAGACUAAUGGAGCAGUACCCAGACUUCAACUUCACCUGCUCACAGGCUCAGCAGUAUGAAUGGGUGAAAGAUCAACUUCAUCUCAUAGGUAUGACACUCAACAUAGAUCAAAAGGAGUUUGUGAAGAAAGGCAGGUUUAUACCUGUUGGGGGUACCUGGGUAGAAAUGGAUGGGAACUUGCCUAGUGGUGAAGCGUUUGUCCGCCAGUUUCUGUAUGGACAGAGAUACUUCAUGCAGGAAUUCAACAAAAAAUGUACAGAGUUUUGGUUACCCGACACUUUUGGCUACUCUCCCCAGCUUCCUCAGGUCAUGAAGAUGUUUGGAAUUUCCCGGUUCCUGACCCAGAAAAUCAGCUGGAGCCUGGUCAAUAAAUUCCCUCACCAUACAUUUUGGUGGGAGGGGAUCGAUGGAUCCAAAGUUCUGACACAUUUUCCUCCAGGGGAUUCCUAUGAAAUGAAAGGCAAAGUAGAGGAGGUCCUGAGAACAGUUAAGAAUUUCAAAGAUAAAGGUCGCUCCAGCAAAAGUGUCUACUUGUUUGGCUAUGGAGAUGGAGGAAAUGGGCCAUCAGAGGAUAUGCUGCUCAGAAUGCAGAGGAUAAGAGAUACAGAUGGCCUUCCUAAAGUACAACAAAAAACACCUGAGGAAUUCUUCUCUGAUGUAGAAAGAGAGGAUCUUGGGAAUUUGUGUCGUUGGAGAGGAGAACUUUAUCUAGAGUUGCACAAUGGAACCUACACAACACAUGCCAAAGUAAAGAAGAUGAAUCGCUUUUGUGAGUUUCGUCUCCAUGAUGUGGAAUUCCUAUCCUCUGUUGCUAACAUUCUGUCCAUGCAUCAUAAAGGUUCAUACAAACCCCCAACAGAUGAACUGCUAAGACUGUGGAAGCUUCUCCUUCUCAAUCAAUUUCAUGAUGUUCUACCAGGCUCCUCUAUUGGAAUGGUUUAUGAUGAUGCUCAUCAGUACUAUGAUGAAAUAGUUUCCAAUUGCCAAAAAUUGUAUGCCAAUGCACUACCUGGAAUCUUUGAGGGAUCUGCUGGACCUGACCCAUUAAACAUGGUGAUAAACUGCAUGGGCUGGGAAAGGAAGGAAGUCAUUACUAUAUCAACUACACCAAUGGGAAGUCCAGCCAAGAAACAGAAGAAAUCAAAGGAGUUUGUGCAGCAUGAUAAGAAUGGGAACACUCUUGCCAUGGUGACAGUCCCAAGCUAUGGGUAUGCCCUGUUAAAACCAAUCAAGAGAAAUGAUGUCUACUGCACUGCUACAAUGACGAGUAGUUCAUAUGUCCUUCAGAAUGAGUCUAUCUGGGCUGAGAUUGAUCAUCUAGGGAGGAUUAAGACCUUAAGAUUGAAUUCAGGAACAUUUAGAAAUGCAAUGAGUAGUGAGACAUUUGGCUAUGGUAACCAGUUUGUACUCUAUGAUGACAUUCCCCUGUUUUGGGAUGCAUGGGAUGUGAUGGAUUAUCAUCUAGAAACCAGGAAACCCAUUGUGACCUCUAUCAAGUCUGCUGAGGUUCUUGACGGUGGUCCUCUGAAGGUGUCUGUGAUCGUCCAGCUGAAAAUCAGUGACCAGAGCUCUAUAGAGCAGGUGAUCAGUCUAGACGCAGGCAGUCCAUUUCUCAGGUGUCACACUAAGGUGAAAUGGCAUGAAAACAGAAAAUUCCUGAAGGUGGAGUUUCCAACAUCUGUUCACUCCAUGAAUGCCACAUAUGAAGUCCAGUUUGGCCAUUAUCAGAGAACCAAUCAUAACAAUACAUCCUGGGAAUGGGCACAAUUUGAGAGACUUUUCGUUCGCUCGUUCUUUGGCAUCCCAGCCUGGUAUGUUAUGUGCGACGAGGAAGUGGAGAGACUUUACGAAAUUAUUCAGGAGGCCAAUCACGUUCUUGCUGAUGCGCUGUUUCUUGUAACAAUGGACUGUUCCGCAUUCUUCGGUGAAGCCGCUGUGACUAAGUGGGCCGACCGGAAGAAACUUUCACCCCGCACAGCCAGUAUACUUAUUGAGCUGGGGUAUGACAGCAUGGAGGCGCUCUCAUUACUAGUUGAAAACGAUCUUCCCUCAACCAUUCCUGUGGGACAAAAACGCCUGCUCUUACAUUCUAUAAGGCAAACGUUUCCCCGAGGCCUAGCAGCGAAUGAAACCAGUAGACAAGAGUCAAGUGCAACAACAUCGGAGGCCCCAGUGGAAGUCCACGCUGAUCCCUCGCCUGGGACACCGUUACUAACAGAGCAAGUGCAAGGACAAUCGAGUGAUAAAUUCAUUUCCGAGAUGUUAGGCCAACUUCAAUCAGCCCAAGGAUCCAGCCAGCCCACAGUCAACACUGCCCCAACACUGGACCAACCAGGUAUGUUCUCAUGGCAGGACCCUCAAAUUUAUCUUAAAUCUCUUUCUGCCCCUACAUCAAGCCAAUAUCAUGAUAUUGUAGAUUUUGUUAAUCUGGCAGCUGCCUCACAGUCUGAAAGAGUUUUGUCCAAUAAUGAAGAUGGGCAGUUGGUUUUUAAGUCAGGACCCUCAAAACCCAAGCUGGAAAACAUUUCUCUGUCCCAAUGGUCAGUAGCCAACUUAGCAAUCCUGCAAAAAUUAAUGCAGGAAAAUGCCUUAUCCCCUAAUCAUAUGCUAGAUUACUUAUCAUAUACCACCAGAGUGUACCAACUUCUGGCGUCGUACGAAAUUAAGUCUGUGUUUUUCUAUGAUAGAGAAUACAGAAAACUUCAGAACCUGCACAAAUUUAGGUGGGGCACAGACAUCCCCCAUAUCCAAACGGUUUAUUUAAAACCCAGGGUUCCAUCCGCCCAGCAAAAUCCCACAAAGUCUGUACGACCUACACCAAGCGGUCAAUUUCCCCCUAGGGCUUCCCAUACACCCCAGGGUUCAGAAAUUUGCAAGCGGUACAACACGAGGAAAGGCUGUUACUCUAAGCAAUGUCUCAUUCUGUCUGCUUGGGAAGACGAACUCAAACAUGACCCAGAUAAAUCUUUCAUUCUUCAAGGUAUCAAAAAUGGCUUUCAUAUCAUAGAUCCCUCUCUGUCCCCCCAGUCAGUUGAAAUGGAUAAUCACCCUUCAGCCUCCCCUCAAUCAGAUUUAUUUGCAAAAGCCACGGUCCAAAUAUUAGAUGAAAUUAGCGAAGGCAACUAUGUUCAUGCACCAAAUCCCCCCUAUUAUCUGUGUAGGUUGAGAUCUCCCAAAUCACCAGACAAGGAGGCUGACAUGGGAACCCAUACAUUUACCUAUGCUAUCAUGCCUUUCCAAGGAAGUUUUCAGUCUGCUGGGGUCAUAAAGGCAGCCUAUGAAUUAAACAACCCCCUAGAUGUGCAGACUGUUAAACUAGCUAAGGAUGUACAAGAAUCCAAAAGUUUCUUUUCUGUUGAUGAUCCACAGGUCAUUUUGGAAACUGUCAAAAAGAGUGAAGACAGGGACAAUGCUCUGGUGUUAAGACUGUAUGAGUGCUUUGGAGGUCACACCAAGGUCAAGCUAACUGUUGAGCUUCCAUUCAAAAAAGUUCAAAGGUGCAAUGGAUUAGAGGAAAUUCUGGAAGUAGGAAAGUCACCUAAGCUGGAAGUUAUUGACAACAAUAUUUAUUUGUCUUUUAAUCCAUUCCAGAUUGUCAAUCUAAUGUUAGAAUUUUAAUUU